GAGAACCCCUGGGGUUGGUGGACGAAGUUGUUGUACAGCAUAUGAUAUAUAAAAUUUUAUUUAAUAUCUCAACGUUAGAUAAAAACAAGAUCAUUAAACGCAUUUCACAAGGUACCUCCGGCGAAGAUGAGUCAAGUUACCGUAAGACGAGCUAGCAGAUCCGACUGUGGGUCGAUUUACCAACUGGUGAGAGAGAGAGCAGAUACUCGUGGUGCAAAAAAUUCUCACCGCGUAUCCAUAGAAGGGUUAGAAGAUAGUUUUGGUUCAAAUUCCACCUUCAGUUUUCUGGUUGCUGAGGUGAAAAGCAGCUUGGUUGGCUAUGUCCUUCACUAUUAUUGCUACUCCUGGGAAGGACGCACUAUCUGUGUGGAGGACUUGUAUGUUAGACAGACUGAAGACUGCGGAAAUGUUGCUCAGGCAUUAUGGAGAAGCUUGGUUAAGAUUGCCCUAGAAGAAGGAUGUAAACAGUUCAACUUUCCUCCUUUAAGAGAAAAUGAAUAUGAGUUUUAUCAUCACAAAGCAAUAAAUAUGACUAAAACUAAUGGAUAUCAGUACUUCAGGAUGGAACAAGAAGCUAUGGAGAAAUUUGUUAAGAUGAACAAGAUACCAGAGGGAAUUAAGGUAAGAGAAGCAACUUCAGCAGACUGUACUGGCAUUAAUCAAUUGAUAAAGGACUUAGCUAUGUAUGAAAAUGUGCCGGACAAACCGCAGAUUGAUGCAAAAGCACUAGAAGAUGAUGGUUUUGGAGACAAGGUGUUCUAUAAAUGUUUUGUAGCAGAAAGUGAAGAUCACCUAAUAGGACAUACACUCUUUUUCCAUACAUAUAACUGGAUGGGUCGAGGUGUGUAUAUGGAAGAUCUUUAUGUGGCACCUUCAUACCGUGGGAAAGGUAUUGGUACAGCACUGUGGAAGCAAGUGUUAGAGGCUUGUCUAGCUGUUCAGGGAAUCAGAUGUGACUUCUGUGUACUUGGCUGGAAUAAGCCUAGUAUUAUGUUUUACAAAGGGAAAGGUGCCAAAGACAUGACCGAGGAAAGUGGCUUUAUGUAUUGUGUAAUGCCCAAGAAAGUAAUGGAGGAUUUUUUGCAAUGAUUUAGCCUGAAAUCCGAAAAAUGUAAUUGCUAAAGUGGAUUAGAGUAAGGUCAGUUUGUAUUUUUUUUCUUUUGUAAGUAGGAAAAAUAAAUACUGCUAUAUUACUAAGAAUCACACAUUUACACGGCUAAUUUUAACUUUGUUGUUUUAGCUAUCUAUAAAUUAGAAAUGAGGACAAAAUUCAUUAUUUUUGGUAUAUAUAUAUAUGUAUA